GCUAUUUCAGCCCUGGCGCAGCCGCACCAACAAACCCGGCAGCAGAGGGGUGAUAGAGGGCUGGGGGAAAAUCCUCAUGCGAGGCGAGAAUGGGCUUUUUCCAAGUGGUUUUCACGCAUUUGGAACACAGACCCAUGGUUAAAUUGACAAUAAGCCUGGAUAAAGCACGAAUGCAGUCUCGAUGUCGCUGCAGGCCGCACUAGGCCCGGGUUUGCUGGUUUAUCGCUGUUGGGUGGCUGGUCGGAAGCUAAUGGCGCUCAGUUUAGAAAUGUCCCUCAACAAGGGCGAUUAGAUAGCUGCUCGGUUGCAUCUUCACUGGACACUGCGUGUUGAGUGGUUGUUCUGACCAGUUUUUGAAUGCUUUUGUCAUUUUGUGUAGUGUUGUGAAAAUAGCUAGUUAUCUCUUUGUUGUGAUGUCAAGCAAGAAAACGGAAAGAAGCGCGCGUUUUAGCCAGCUAACUGUACGUUAGCAGGAAUAGCUAGGGUAAAACAUUCAUCCUGUGAAUAAUGUUGCUUUUCCUUUUAAACUGUCGUUUUAUUCUACUCAACUCCUAGUUGGGUUAUCGAGACAACAUACAAUAACGAAAUAUAGUGUAUGAUUUGUUGCAGUGGCCUGUUAAACGGCAGUUAAUUCAUGGCUAAUCUUGUUUGGUAACAUUAGCCUGCUAGCUAGCUAAAAUAUCGAAUUGUAGGUUUGGUGGAGGAUGAGACCGAAUGGUGACUGCGAACUGAUAAAAUUAAGAAGGCGAAAUCAUAUAAUUUAUUUUGAGCUUUAGUUGGAAACUAUAUAGGAAGUUUUUCCAUUAGACUUGGGGAAAUGGAAGAUAAUGAAUGCAACUAAAUCUAACGUUAACUACGUUUUGAAAUGGGAUCGUAUGUCUCCUAGCUUGCCUAUCUUAUGUCCCUCCUAGCUAAUGUUAAUUUAACGCUGUAUAAUUGUAUUUGUCUCAAAUUCUCAACGAUAUGGCCAGGCAUCUAGCUGGCAGGAAACUUUAUGAAUAACUGACUGGUAAAAACUAGGCAGCCCUUCAACUAAAGCAUGCUAGUUAUGUCGUCGAAUUAAUUUUGUUAAAUUAAAACUGAUUCGUGCGCGUCUUAACAUGGUUGUGUAAUAUCCCGCCCUCAACACAUAUUUAUACAUCUACAGUAUAUCUCUGCAAAAGUAGUAUUAAGUUGGACGUCGCGUCCACCCCGUUUGCAUAUGAAGUUAAAUGUAGUUUCCCACAGAAUCACUUUCAUUUGCCAUGCAUUUUUUUCAAACUGACAACCCCACCAAAUAAACACAUUGCAUGGAGUUUUAGGUGUGUAUUUUAAUUUUAACAUUUUCCCCCAUACACUACUUCGUUUGUGAAAUUGUAAGCCCGAGUCUAUGAAGAUUCGAUCUUGUAUAGUUCUUUUUCCUGUGUUUGACUGUGAAUAUUACUUCGUUGGCACUGGAUUGCGUAGUCACAUGAAGUUGUCACAAAAUAAAGUUUAUCUCUGGUAGCUGUAUUUCAUUUUGUUCAAUGUCAUUUGUUUAACUGUUGCUUUAACGGAAUUGGAGUGAUUUGUUUUGAUAUACCUGUCACAGUAUUUUCUAAUUAUUUAUGCAUCUUAAAACAUUUCUCCAGUGAUGAUGCUAUGGCUAUAUAUAGAUUUGCAGAUUUAUGCUGUAGGUUAAAUGUAUAAUAAAAUUAAAAUGAGAGAAUGUAUCAUACCACGACAUAGUACAGUUAAGUUGUUGUAUCACUAUAUCCUUGAUCGCUUGCAUCCAUUCAGUUUAUUUGCAGUAUACUGUUUACUGGCGCCCCUUGCUGGUACAUUGCGGUGCAACAGCAGAUGUGAAAGAAUCUCUUCCUCUGCAGGUCAGCGAGCACGUGAGAUCUGUCUCCUCCACUGUAGGUGGCAGUAGUUAGUCCUUCACCAACACUCUUCACCUGCAAAUGCAAGAUUUUGAGCAUUGCCUGCUGGGCCAGUUUAUCUCUGCAUGAAUAUGUAUUGCUCAUUAUAAUUCCUUAUAAUAGAUCUGUAUUAUUUUGUACACACUUGGAGACUGACUGGGGUAUUCACACCCUGGGUCACUGACAGGGAUUUUGAGCCCCAUGAAAAUAUCUCAUGUUGGGCCACCCCAUGCCUGCACAAUGACAGCACAACUUUUGGAGAGUCUCUCUCAGUCAUGGCACUAGGAAUUACCCCAACCCCCAUAUAGCGCUGCUGUUCACACCACAGUAGUGGGCCAGGUUGUUUUUGCUACAAGGACCAUUUUUCACCUUUUUAUUUUUGAUGGUCCUGCCUGUAGAAUCUCACCAGUUUUCACAGAAUUGACCUAUCUUGCUAGCGCUUGGCGGGGCUCUACACUACAACACACGCUCCCAUUUUAGGAGCCGCUCCUGAAAAUGAAUGCAUGCUAACUGGAAUGCUAAUUGGGAUACGGUGGUCUGCUCCUAAAUUUUUCAACUUAGAAAGACGUCCUCCUUGGGGAAAAAAAUGUUAGCGUUGAGCCCUGCUUGUGGGUGUCUGAGUUUACAAGCCUGUUAUGUUGGCGUUCUCAUCAUCUGCAGCGUUUGUUGUGGUGGAAUGUACACUGGAAAACUGUGAUCAAAUACUGCCGCAAUGAAAGGCGUAAUUUGUGUAAUGACCGCGUGAUAGAAAAGAGGCCGGGCUUGGCCGCGGCUUGGGGGAAUUUCUUCGGGUUCUACUGUCAUCUCGGCAGUUGCGAAUUCCCGCCUCAGAAAGUUUUACCGCUCGUCUCAUUAAGCAUUUAGCCGUCCGCCGUGAACUGGAAGAGCGCGCAUUAUCAAGGCAUCGCUAGCCGCCAGUACGUGAUAUGAAAGGCUGUAAUUUUAAUGGUGCCGGAAGCUUUCGUUUAUCUUGAACCGUGGAGUUGGAAUAUGAUGUUAUAGAAAAAGGUGUCGGUGACAUGCUCGUCCUUUGGGGAGAUUUGUGUGUUCCAGGUCAGGUUCAGCCAAUGGAGGACCACACAGUGCACCAGACGGAGCACAUGACCACCAUCGAGGCGCACGCCGUGGCGCAGGUGCAGCAGGUGCACGUGGCCACGUACACGGAGCACAGCAUGCUGAGCGCCGACGAGGACUCGCCCUCCUCGCCCGAGGACGACGCGUACGACGACUCCGACAUCCUCAACUCCACGGGGGCCGAUGAGGUCACCGCUCACCUGGCCGCCGCAGGCCCCGUUGGUAUGGCGGCAGCCGCUGCCGUGGCAACAGGGAAGAAGCGGAAACGACCGCACAUCUUUGAGUCCAACCCCUCCAUCCGAAAAAGACAACAGACCCGCCUCCUCAGGAAACUGAGAGCCACUCUAGACGAGUACACCACCAGAGUGGGACAGCAGGCCAUCGUCCUGUGCAUCUCGCCCUCCAAACCCAACGCCGUGUUCAAAGUGUUCGGGGCCGCGCCCCUGGAGAACGUGGUGAGGAAGUAUAAGAGCAUGAUCCUGGAGGACCUGGAGAACGCUCUGGCGGAGCACGCACCCCCACCCCCAGAGCUGGGCUCGGAGCUCCCCCCCCUCACCAUCGACGGCAUCCCCGUCUCCGUGGACAAGAUGACGCAGGCCCAGCUGAGAGCUUUCAUCCCGGAGAUGCUGAAGUACUCCACGGGGCGGGGCAAGCCCGGCUGGGGGAAGGAGAGCUGCAAGCCCAUCUGGUGGCCGGACGACAUCCCCUGGGCCAACGUCCGCAGCGACGUCCGCACGGAGGAGCAGAAGCAGAGGGUAUCAUGGACGCAGGCCUUGCGGACCAUCGUGAAGAACUGCUACAAGCAGCACGGGCGCGAGGACCUGCUCUACGCCUUCGAGGACCAGCAGGUCACCCAGCAACACGUCGCCACGACAGCCACCCACAGCAUCGCGCACCUGGUCCCCUCCCAGACCGUGGUUCAGACAAUCAGCAACCCUGACGGCACUGUGUCCCUCAUACAACUCCCCGUACUGUACUCGCAGGUGGGGACCGGCACCACCGUCGCCACCCUGGCCGACGCGUCCGAGCUGCCCACCACGGUUACCGUCGCCCAGGUCAACUACUCCACGGUAACCGACGGAGAGGUGGAGCAGAACUGGGCCGCUCUGCAGGGGGGCGAGAUGACCAUCCAGACCACGCAGGCGUCGGAGGCCACGCAGGCCGUAGCCUCGUUAGCGGAAGCGGCGGUGGCGGCGUCCCAGGAGAUGCAGCAAGGAGCCACCGUUACCAUGGCGCUCAACAGUGAAGCAGCAGCUCAUGCAGUAGCGACGUUGGCGGAGGCCACGCUGCAGGGCGGGGGGCAGAUCGUCCUGGCAGGGGAGACCGCCGCCGCCGUGGGAGCGCUAACUGGUGUGCAGGAUGGCAGCGGCCUGGUCCAGAUCCCCGUCAGCAUGUACCAGACCGUGGUCACCAGCCUCGCCCAGGGCAACCGACCCGUGCAGGUCGCCAUGGCGCCCGUUGCCACCCGCAUAGACAACACUGUCACUCUGGACGGACAGGCCGUGGAGGUCGUGACCUUGGAACAGUGACGAAAGAGGUCGCGCUCCCCCUUUUCCCCUCAUUGGUUGUCUCUGGAAAAACAGGCGUGGCUUCCAUACCCCCCUGGGUGUCCGUUGGAAGGGGGCGGUGGUGGGGGACCUGAAUUUGUACAGUGUAAAAUUAAUAAUUAUCCUCGCAGGGAUAAAAUAAAAAUCUAGAUUUAUUAAUGCAUUUUGUUUACAAUGUAAAUAGAAUUAGAUUCUCGGGGGGCGGGGGGGGGGGUUGUUUGUUUUUUUGUUUUGCUUUGUUCUUUUCAGUUUUUUGAUUUUUUGUUCGUUUUUUUUUUUUUUGUUUUACUUCCGAUUCCAGCUCUGUGAAUUUUGGGAAUCAAGCGAUGAACGCUGGGAUAUAUGAAGUAUUUAUUUCUUCAGGCUCGUGACCUUUUACAUGGUUUAAAAAAAAAAAAAAACACUCAAGUAACCCCAAAAAAGAAGAGACCGGAUGUUGAGGCGACGGUGACGCACAUCAGUUUUUGUUCUGCUUUUCCUGUUUUUUUUUUGUUUUGUUUUUUUGUGUAUUUAACAGGUUUUUUUGGGGGGUAUGUUCCAUUUCCAUUGAGUGUGUGCCAUUUUCACUGUCCGCUGUCUGUUCUUAGAGUCCAUAUAAGAUUCCUCAGGUACCUCCUGGAUUUCCCGCUAAUUUCUUAUCGUGCAAAGAACUCUUGAAAAUAUAACUUAUGAAUAGUUUACGAAUAGUUUAACUGAUCUUUGUCCUGAUAUGUCCUGAAGUUUCCAUGGUACAGCGAGAGAGACCAGUAAGAUGAAAGUGAAUUGUUAUUCACAGCUAAAAAUGUGCACAGAAAAAAAAACCGUUGGAUCUGUACAUAUUUCUUUCCAUUUCUUGUAGGUUUUGUUUUUUUUAUUUUUUAUUUUGUGAUACUGUUUGCUUAUUUUAAAACCACUCCUUUUCUGAAUUGGCCCGUCGAGGUGUUCCGCCCGUCACGUUGUCGCCGUGGUGACAGUUGUUAGGGGUGGGGUUUAUAGCCUAAUGGCCUAAGGCAGAGGUUACAUUGUUGGGGUUCAGAUGAAAGGCCUUCCCAUAGAGGAAUCUGCCAUAUCUUGACAUGCUCAUCUGUUCAGGUCACACUUCACUGAAAGGAAGCUGUCUUCAGAGCUUUAACUUGGGAAAGGACAGAUGUUUGUUCAUCUGGUCCCCCGUACAGUUGCAUCAUUGUUCAGUUCAGACUCGGUAUAGUUUAAAUUCGGUCUGUUUGAAAGGACCCUGACAUGUUUCUCAUUCAGGGGUAAACGCCACAAGGAGCACCUUUUUCCCCCCUCCAGCGUGUCCUUUUAAAGCAAAUCUACAGUGAAAAUAAUUUUAUUUCUCACUUAGGCAAAAAGUGCUGGCUUGCAUUUACUGUUUUAUAAAUAUUAAAAAGGAUUUGUUGACAUUACUUUUUUUUGUGAACUGUAUCUGCAUUAUAAGAAAUGUCUUGCAUCUCGGAUAUUUUUUCUAAUUGUGAUAAAGAUGCAAAUCAGCGGGCAGAUUGGAGAUUUCCUGUUUGCACAGGUAACAUGCCGACCACUCCAAACAGUCAUAUAUGAAACGGACAGAAAGAAGCAUGCAUACCUGUAAUUUCAAAUCAACAAGUUCUUCAAUAAAAUGGCUACUGUUCUCGGCUGA